ACAAGGAUUCAACAAUAAGAACAAUGUAUGAAAUCCACUAUAAGCCGCAUUUAUCAAAAUCGAAGAAUGAAGCUAUCAUCUCUAUGACUAAAAAGGAAGUGCAAUCUCAAAUGUCAGCAAGAAUGUUGUCUUUAAAUUUCAAAGACGUCAUCCCAAAAGAGUUUGGAGAAGCGCCAAGAAUCAUUCCAUGUUAUAUGAUACAAGACAACAAUAGUCAUCAUGUGUACGUGUUAGAAGAAAAAUUAAAAGGAAAAUUUGUUAAGUACAUGAAUAAUGACGGAAGAGUAUACAAAGAUUUAAUUGAGACAGAGCAUGGCAAAAAAAUAUCAGCUUUUUGCCAUUUUGUAUAUCAUAAGUACAACCGUAAAUUGAUGGUGGCUGAUCUGCAAGGCGUUGGUCUCUCACUGACUGACAUUUCAAUGGCAACUUGGGAAGUUGGUGAUUUGGAAACACAAGAACUGUACUUUGGAUGUGACAACAUGUCACAACAAGCUUUAAACAAUUUUUGCCAGGAGCAUACCUGCAACAGCUAUUGCAGACUCUUGAAACUGAAAGACAUGGAGCCACUUGUGGAUCUUAUUGAUGAGCAAUUAAAAGGUGAAGGUUUGGACUGUGAGUCAAACAUUAUU